CCCUCCUUAGGCCCCCUACCGCCUCAGAAGUUACGCAACUGCUCUGCUGCCCAAAACCUAACCAUGGCGCGAGUCCGCAGCAACGGGCGGCGUGGCGGCGGCAGUGGCGGUGGAGGCGGCCGCGGCGGCAAGGGGAAAGGAAAUGGAAAAGGCCCGGGCAAGCGGAAGAUGCCUUUGUCGGUGGCGCGGAAGCAGCAGGCGGUGCUGGCGAACGUGGACCAGGUCACCGGCGAGAGGAUCCCAAAGAGCUUCGUCUUCUCGCGCGGCAAGCUCCCCUCCACGCUUCGUCACCUCCAGCAGGACCUCCGCAAGCUCAUGCUCCCCUACACUGCCCUCAAGCUCAAGGAGAAGAAGAGGAACAACCUCAAGGACUUCGUCAACGUUGCCAGCCCAUUGGGUGUAACGCAUUUCUUGAUCCUCUCGAACCCAAAGAGCUUGCCGCACUUGCGCUUCGCCAAGUCACCGCAGGGCCCAACCUACACUUGUCAGAUUUUAGAAUACGCUCUUGCGGCUGACAUCGCAAACUCCCAAAAGCGGCCAAGGUGUCCUGCAGAGAUAUUCAAAAACUCGCCUCUGGUCGUGCUCAGUGGUUUCAAUGGCCUGGGCGAGCCUUUCAAGAGUUUUGUUACCUUCUUUAGGCAUUUGGUCCCUGCUAUUGAUACAGAUACUGUUAAGCUAUCAACCUGUCAAAGAAUAUUAUUGCUACAGUAUGACAAAGAGACGGAGGCUAUCGAUUUCCGGCAUUACUCAAUCAAGCUACAGCCUGUUGGGGUCAGCCGCAAGAUUAGAAAACUCAUGCAGAACAAUCAAGUGCCAGACCUAAGGGAUCUUAAAGAUGUUAGUGAUUAUGUGACAAAAGCUGGAUAUGGAUCAGAAAGUGAACCAGACGAUGAAGCAGCGACUGUAAGUCUAGCAAGUGAUAUAGACAAAUUGAACAGAGCAUCCCGAAAAAGUGCCGUCAGACUCCAAGAGAUCGGACCAAGAAUGACCAUGCGCUUAGUUAAGGUUGAAUCUGGGCUAUGCUCGGGCGACAUCUUGUACCCACAAUCUGUUGGAAAAGAUGUGAAGGAGGGACAAGAGGAAGAAGAGAUAGAAGAUGCUGAGGAUAUGAUGGAGCUGGAGGAUGGGACGGAGGAGGACGACUCGGGUGACGAAGAGUAGCCUAGAUGAACUUGAGAGGUGCUGAGCAGCAGCCUAUGAUUGCUAAAAAUGUGAAGCAACUGGUGUUUUGCGACAACAUUAUAUGAGUUUAGUUGAUCCUUGAGAAAGCAUAGUACAGAAGUCGCUCUUGAAAAAGAGAGGGAUAAAGCUCUUGCAGUGAUAAUCCUUAUUUUGGCCGAAUCUGAUUGUUUUUUAGCCCUGUAACAUGAUACAUAUUCUGUAUUUACCUCAGUUUUGCCUUAGGAGGGUGCAUAUAAGCACUAGCUGCUGCGUUUGAAGUUGGAUGCUGGAUUGUGAAUUAUUUUCAUGGAACGUGACCCAGAUAUUUCACUUUUGGAA